CAACAGUAGAAGAAGACGCAGAGCACAACUCACGCUUUGUGUCUUCAUCCUGUUUGUGAUUUUGUUGUGGAUUUGUCUUCGUUACCAGCAGCAGCAGCAGCGCUGUUUCUAAAUAUGCCGAUUGGUAUUCAGCAUAUUUAUGUUUAUCGAGGUGUGUAAUUGCUCUUAUUUGUGCUAAUUUUUAAGUCUGAGCUGAAAUGUUAAGCGUGGAGUCGUUGCAAGUUGCUGAGGAGGAGGUGGUUGAAUCCAGCUCCAAUAAACUCGGUGACAUUUACACUUUAGUGGCUAAAGGCUGUUUGCCCCAGACGAUGAAUCCUUUACGAAAGAAGAAUCUCAAAAGAUACGCCCAGAAGUUUAUCGUUGACGAGGGCAAGUUGUACUAUGUGGGACCCAAGAAAGAGGAGAAGAGGGAGGUGGUGAUUGAGGCUGAGAGGAAGAGGCAGAUUUUUCUUGACUGCCACUUCAACGACAUCGGCCAUCACCUGGGCCAAAAGAAGACUGUCCACAGAAUCCAGAGCAAGUACUACUGGCUUGGGAUCAUCAAGGAUGUAGUGGAUUGGAUUAAAGUGUGUGAGACCUGUCAGAACACAGAGAGGAAUAAAAACCUGGCAAGGACGGUUCGGCCUAUAAAAGUGGACACACCUUGGGAUAUUGUUGGGAUUGACAUUAUAGGACCAUUUCCAGAGACACAGCAAGGCAACACUCAUGUUACAGUCCUCAUCGAUUACCUCAGUAAAUGGCCAGAAGCAUUUCCAGUGCAAAAGACAGAUGCUUUCUCUGUUGCAAGAUGCAUUUCCAAAUGUAUAUACAGGUUUGGUGCCCCUAAAACAAUAGUGUGCAUGCAGAAUGCUGACUUCUGUGAUGAGGUUACGAAGCUGCUGUGCGACAGGUGGAGCAUCGUGCAGAAGGUGUCUCCUCUGGAUCAACCUCAGCUCAACCCGCUCCACGACUGCACGAGUCCUUUACUGAAGGAAGCUGUUGUGCAGAUGGUAACAGAGAAGCAGGCGGAAUGGGACGACUUUCUGGACCCUGUGCUGUUUUUGUUCAGGACGUCCACCAACCCUACGACCAAGUUCACCCCUUACUCCCUCAUGUUCAACAGGAAAGCUAAUUUACCUAAUGAGACUACACUGAGCCUGCUGAAUUAUGACGAACAAGAGCAGGAUAUGUAUUCCACAAAGGAGGAGGCCUCUACAUAUAUGACAAUAAUGCAAGAGCAACAGAACUCCAUUAAGCAGCUGGUGCUAGCCAAUAUGAAUGCAGCGUACAAACAAGAGAAGAAGAAGAACGCCAAACGCAGGGCACAUAACAUGCCCUCAAUGACCUUUAAAAUUGCAGACCCUCUGUUCGGUGCUGGAGACUCGCCCUCACCCAAAAAACUGAAAGAGAGUUUAUAUUUGUCUUUUCCUGUUGACACGGUGCUUUCCACUGAGCAAAACAGCGCCGAAGACAUAAAGACUGAGUUAGCAUAUCACUUACCUGAGUCUGACGUCCACUGAGAGGAACAGUUUGAAAAUACUGGAGAGUAGAGAUCCCAUCAGAGCACGACUGCAUGUCAUCAUGAGCUGCCUGAAGUCUUGGACCGAAGAUGGAAAUCCUGAUGAAUGUGAUGAUGAGUGCUACUACAGUUGAAGACACUGCGGGUUGAUGUGUCACUUGUAGAUGAAUCUCACACUUAGAAACAGAAUUCGCUGGCCAAAGAACCGGAAGGAAGCGUUGACCCUAAAGAAUUGUUGAGCUUUUUCCUCCCAAUUCCCAACAAAAAAGUGUUUCCCAUGAAAAUGAUGUGAACUUAAUUGUUUUCACUUUGUCGUACAACAUGUUCUUACACUGCAGUGCUUUAAAAUAAAGGUAUUGUUUUAUUUGUGAA